ACAGUAUUCAAGAUGGCGUCCAUCAGAAACAUGCGAGUUAGCUUAGCAUGUUAGCAACACAGCGCUAGUCAGAGGGACGGUGUGACGGAGGGUGUGUGGAGAACAAGUUGGUGUCGUUGUGUGAACAUGUGUAAAGUCCAAAUGCUGAGAGCGUUGGUGAAGCAGCGACUAACUGCGGCUGCGCAAGAGAUAUUUGGUCUGUUUGAAAGAACGAUAGCAGAGUACGAGGAGGAACUUUGUGCUUCUAAAGAGGAGAACGAGCGACAACGAGAACUACUGGACGCUGUGUUCAACCCUCAGCUGCGGCUACACAGAGCAGAUGCACAACAAGUGAUCGGUGGAGAAGAAGAGCAGCAGGACUGGAGCUCCAGUCUGAACCAGGAGGACUCAGAGCCCCCACACAUUAAAGAGGAACAGGAGGACCCAGAGCCCCCACACAUUAAAGAGGACCAGGAGGACCUAGAGCCCCCACACAUUAAAGGGGACCAGGAGGACCCAGAGUCCCCACACAUUAAAGGGGACCAGGAGGACCCAGAGCCCCCACACAUUAAAGGGGACCAGGAGGACCUAGAGCUCCCACACAUUAAAGGGGACCAGGAGGACCCAGAGCCCCCACACAUUAAAGAGGAACAGGAGGAACUCUGGACCAGUCAGGAGGGAGAGCAGCUUCAAGGUCUGGAGGAGGCUGGUAUCAAGUUCACAUUCACUACUGUGAAGAGUGAAUAUGAUGAAGAGGAAGCUCAGUCCUCUCAUCUUCAUCAAAGACUAACUGAACACAUGGAAACAGAAGCUGAUGGAGAGGACUGUGGAGGACCAGAACCAGACAGGAACCCAGAUCCAGGGGACUCUUCAGAGACUGAAGUCAGUGAUGACUGGAAGGAGACCAGUGAACCACCGUCAGGUUUAAACUCUCUGAAUAAUUACUUUUCUAGUGAGAAACCGUUUCGCUGCUCUGUGUGUAGGAAAGGAUUUGGCCUAAAGGGAACUCUGAAGGAACACAUGAGAUUUCACACAGGAGAGAAACCAUUCAGCUGCUCAGUCUGUAAGAAAUCUUUUGCCUGGAGAGGAAGUUUACAUAAACACACAAGAAUCCACACACGAGAGAAAAGGUUCAGCUGCUCUGUUUGCCAAAGUAGAUUCACCUGGUUCCAUCAGCUCAAAACACAUAAAUGUGUUGGUCAUCAGUCCUCACAGCUUAUUCACACUCAGACUGAGGAGAAACAAGAGGCCAGCAGCUCAACUGAACACAUGGAAACAGAAGGUGAUGGAGAGGACUAUGGAGGACCAGAACCAGACAGGAACUCAGAUUCAGAUAGACAUUUAGAACCUGAGACUGAUAACAGUGAUGAUUGGAAGGAGGCCAGAGAACCUCAGGCAGGUUUAAACUCUUUGAAUAAUGAUGAAGUUUCUCUAGAGAAACCAUUUAGCUGCUCUGAAUGUGAGAAAGCUUUCAAUGAUCGUGGAAAUCUGAGGAACCACAUGAGAAUCCACACAGGCGAGAAACCAUUCAGCUGCUCCGAGUGUGAGAAGAGUUUUCGCUUCAAGGGAGACCUGAAGAGACACUUGAGAACUCAUUCAGGAGAGAAACCGUUCAGCUGCUCUACAUGUGGGAAAAAGUUUGGCAACAGUGGACAUCUGAAUAGACACAUGAGGAUUCACACAGGAGAGAAACCAUUCAGCUGCUCAUUUUGUGAGCACAGAUUCUUACAAAGAGCACAUCUGGAUGCACACAUCAGAUCGCACACAGGAGAGAAACCAUUCAGCUGCUCUGUGUGUGAGAAACUGUUUUCACAAAGAGGAACUUUACGGCUGCACAUGAAACUUCACACAGGGGAGAAACCCUUCAGCUGCUCUUAAUGAAGACAGAUUUGAAUGUCUUUGACAGGUCUGAAGACAUACGCAGGUAUACAGGUACAGCGGGUCGUCCACUGAUAGAUCGAUGGUUCGAUCCCUGACUGCGCCAGCCCGAAGGCUGUGCCAUCAAUGUGUGAAUGAUGAACUGUAGUGAGAACUGUUCUGAUGAUGAGAAGAUCUUUACACAUGACGGUUUGUCUGAGCACAGUUGAUUAUUAUUAUUUAUUAAUACUAUAUUUCUGCUUAUUCAGUGGUGAAAGUUCUUGUGUGGAUUCUUCCAUCUUUGGAGUUCCAGAGUGGAGUCAGUGAUCAGCGCUCUCUUCCUUCAGACUCGUCCAUGUAGCUGCAUGGAGUGACGUUUCACCUUUCAAAGAGCGUCCUGCUCUCUUUGAGGUGCUCUUCACUUACUUCUCCAGAUUUUCGGGCUGCUGGGCGUUCCUGAGUAGUAACCUGCAGUGUUGCUGCAUAUAGCCGGUAGAACUGUGUAGUAAUACAGUGAUAUAGUAAUAAGUAUAGCGUGUAUAUAAAGUAAACUGUUGGUGUCAUUUGUUUUAGGUCUCUUCACCACGAUUCAUGAUUACAUCUCGUUGACUGGUUUUACUUCUGGUUUUUUAAAAUAAAUUGCUUCUCUCAGCAA